AUGACAAUGUCCAUGUUGGAGGAGGCCCAAAAUAAGGCCCAUUUCAGGCUUGUAGUCGUGGAGGGAAAGGCCUACGUGGAGACGUACGAAAAGGCAUAUCAAAGCAGAGGCAAUGUUACGCUGUGGGGAAUUGUACCGUUGUUACCGAAUUACCCAGGAAAAUUGCCCGAUCUUGAUCUCAUGUUUAGCUGUAAUGACCGGCUAGAGAUCUAUCAAAAGGAUUACAGUGGGCCCGACAAGCCACCCCCUCCUCCGUUGUUUCGCUACAGCGGAGAUGAUGCCACGUGGGACAUUGUGUUUCCUGAUUGGUCCUUCUGGGGGUUAAAAGAGGACAUUUUCAAUAAAUAA